CUCAAUAUGGCGGAGACAGGGGGAACUCGUCGAGAUGUUUCGACCGGUUCCACUCCCCAAAGACCUGUUCCCAUGAAAUUGUUUGCCACUUGGGAAGUCGAGAGAACGUCGCCAAACUGUGUACCGCGGCUGUGUACGAUGACGCUAACUCGACUGGAGUUGUUGAAACCCUUAGAACCAAGUUUGACUGAAGUAAUCAUCUCAGUCUCAAUGCAGAGCUCCCGCAGAACACUUAGGUCAAAUGAGAUAGUUCUUCCAUCCUCUGGUUUGAUUGACACUGAUUUGGAUCUAUCCUUUUCUCUGCAGUAUCCACACUUUUUGAAGAGAGCUGGUAACAAUCUUCAAGUCAUGCUUCAACGACGAAAGAAGUACAAGAAUCGCACAAUUCUUGGAUUUAAAACACUAGCUGUAGGCCUUGUUAACAUGGGACAGGUUCUCCAGCACUCAGUGGACAAUCAACUCAAGUUGUACACGAAAGGAAGUCUUGUUCCAGUGGCCCUGAUUACAGUCAAUUCCCUUACCAGUCAACCAGUUGAAACAGAUGGAGUCAGACUUACUGGAUCAUUAGUCAGAGGUGAUGGUGACGACAAUUCUAGUGAUGAUGAUGAUGACUUCUCACUGUCUGACCAGGAAGGAAGUGACAGUGGUGGGGAUGCUGAUAUUCUAGAUGUGGAACAGAGACAAGGUGGGAAAAUAAGACAUGGAAAAAUCACUAUUCCUGCGAAGCACCAAAAGAAUUUUAAACAAAAGUUUAUCGCACUCUUAAAGAAGUUUAAAGUUCCAGAGGAAGAGUUAGAAAGUGAAAUGGGAACAUACCCAGAUAUUGACAUCAGUCCUCCAGAAAAUGAAACCGCUGAUGAUUUCCUUUUUCCUGAUGAUCUGGAGGAUUUGGACAGUGAUGCAGAAAAUGACUUUCUUGAAGACACCAUUAGCAUUGUGUCAACACCUAAACCAUCACUGAGACCUUACUUUGAUCCCAGAAGUUCUACUGAAAAUGUACCAAGUCAUUCUUUGGUUGGUCAAGGAAACAGUUACUGUCCACAAUUUGCUAUUCAAGUGGAAGGAGAAGACCUGCAGCCAGAUCAUGAAAUGGAUGUGAGCCCACACUCUGAUGGAGAUAACUUAUCAGACAUCACAAACUCAUCUGACCUUUUAUCGGGGCCUGGAGGUGUUGAUGACACACCCUCAGUUCGUCGCAGUGUGUCAUUCAAGGAAAGAAGGAAAACAGAAGAGCCAGACACCUUAACAAAGAGGAGAAAUAGUGAUGUUGACCUGCAGCUACCCAGAGGCACCUUGAACGAACAACUUAGCAGUGUGCUGUCUGGGGAUAGUGACAUUCCUGAAUGCAUUCUGUUGAUUAGUACUUCUGAGUGGCAGGGCCAGCUUUUGGCAUUGAAGCUCUGUGACAAAGCUGUGAAGAUGAUUUGUACAAGAUCCAGUUCUGAUGUGCAGGCUGUAUUUCUAGCCAUUGUCAAUAGAUACCAGAAAUUUAUAAAUACUCAUUCAGCUUCCCCGCCUCAGUUGGGUGUGGCCAUUGCGGGCACAGAGUCAUAUAUUAGUGCUGUUCUUCAGCCGUAUGUGGAAUACUUUUCUUCCAAGCCACCAGACUGGCAGACUUUUCUUCGAUUUCUCCUUAUUCCUCUUGACGGUCAACCUCUGGCCAGGCACAUUGGAGGACUAGAUGCAAGGUACAACUCACUUUUUAUGGAUAACUUUUGGAGAGAAGCUUUUGAGCAUUCAGACACUGCUAUUGAUUUCGAGGAGGUGAGCAGGCGAGUUAAAACUCUGAUGUCAGCAGCGACAAUCACGCACAACUUACCGAUUGCUGAGGCUCUUGUGAAUACAAAACUAAAAGGAUCAGAGGAAGGAUCUUCUCAAGUGUUUUUGCCUUUUGUUUGUGAUGUUAGGAUUGGAUCAGCCGACAUAUACCAAGACGAAGAACCUGUAGCGACAAGUGGAACACCAUCGAGCACUGGAGCCAAAAGUACAGGGGCUGUCUCUAGGGGUGACAGUCAAGCUCCUGCUCCAGGAUCUUCGCAAACGCCUCCAUUUUCAAGCCCUCCUUUGAGUGGGCUCCAGGAGAGCAGUGGUGGGAGCCUAUACUCAAGUGAACAGAUGGAUCUUCAAGUGGACUACUGGCUUGCAGCGGGGAAUAAAAAAGAUGUCAACAAAUCCUCGCUUAAAACAACUUUCAAAACGCUGGUGGUUACAAGACUUUCAACUCCUGAGGAAUCGUCUGCGCUUUCAGUAAUGGCGGUCACCAAAGAACGUAAUAAAAGAGGACUCGAGGCAAUGAUGCGUUCCAUGAAAAAAUCCAAAGAGAAAGACGCUGAUUCCAAGAACCAACCAGUAAUGGUGAAUGUGUCGAAACUGAUCUGCACUACUAAAGGACAGAGCAGUACAUUAAAUGUUGUUAUUGACGGAGUGACGUGGAGUGGGGUCAAGUUUUUUUCAUUGUCAUCCCAGUGGCCUACUCAUAUUAAAAACUUUCCCAUUGGCCUGUUUGGCCGAACCGAGACCACUUGUUAACUCCAUUUUCCAACUCAAACGACCAGAGUUUUCUUGUGCACGUGGAUUGUGCAUAGAUAAAGAUUAUGAAGGAAACAGAAGAUAUUGGAAACAUCCGCUUAUCAAAGUUGAGAAUAUUCAACAACGUUUGAGCUAGUAAGGGUUUUAAAAAAAGGCUCUUCAUGUGGCAUAUUUUGUUAGCAAGAAGUUUUUUUGACGCUUAUAUUGUGGCAAAGUUAUUUUACGGAUAAAAAACACUGGUUAGAGAGAAAAGUAAUAAUUGAAGGUAGAUCAUAUAAAGCAACCAUAGAAAGGAACAUUAAGCAGCAAUAAGUUCCGAGUAAUAUUAUCUAAAAUCUAUAAACUUCCAAACAUAAUCAUCUUUAUUUUGAUGGUAAUUGAAAUGACAUUAAGUAGGAAUUUAUUUUUAGGUUGUAUUUUGAAAUGUGCCAAGCGAUUUCAAGGAUUAUAAAUUAUUAUGAAAAAGAUUAUUGUUAAAAGAGUUGACUAAAUGUUUUGGGUCAAAUAAGUUUAUAAAAAAAAGAAAAGUGAUUUCCAGCACUUAUUCACCGAAAAUUAAUUCAUUUAUUUUAAUUUUUUUGAAAUAUUGAAAAAAAAAGUAUGUUAGGAUGUGGUUGAUUUUGUUCAGUAGUGUUAUUUAGAACAUAACGAUUCUUCUACUAUCAUUGAAGCUUCUGAUGAAGUUCAUUUGUAUAAUUUGCUUCGGGAUUAAGUCCUUAUUUUUAGGAUUGACGUUCAUUUUUUAUUCUGAAAUGAUAAAUUAAAACCCUCCCAUUUAUGUUCCUCAAUUUACAACACACAUGUCACCAUGUACAGUAACAGUCUCCCAAAGAAAUUAGGAAUAAUGAAUUAUAACGACGUUGCGGAAAACGUUUAUUUUGAUGGGAUCAAGAACAUUUUUUUUUUAUAAUAACGAACUAAUCAAUAAUUCAAUAUUCGCUGAAGUUUCAGCAAACAGUUUUAACACCGCAGAUGAUGUUAGUAAAAACGAUUUGAAUUUGCUGUAAUUUCAUGGAAAUUAACUACCUUAACUAUCCUGACCUAGCUUAGUAUUUUUUCUUGUAUUGCUUGUUACGAUUUAUAGACGUUUGUUCAACCAAGUGUUGAAGGAGUUCUUUAAAGCCUGCUUAUAAACUUGAUUAUUCUGUUUGCGGAAUCUAUGAUGCAGAAAA